UAGCAGCAUGUGCACGUUUUAAGUUUUUUCUUCCUUCUUAGCUACAAGUCAAACUGGGGCUAUCACUCUCCAUUCAGCUACUAACCCAACAAACACAAACAGCAUUUUCCAUGCUGCUUCAGUUACAGUUCAGAACAAAGUUCUUCUUUUCAAUUUCUGAGAACCGAACACAGACAUGUUUUUUCUGGCCUCAUCAAAUCAUUAAACGGAUUUGAACUUGUCCUUGUCUGCUCCAAUCAUUCUUGGACAGGUGUACUUUUAGCUCAACAUCUUAUAUCUCUCACCACUUCUUUGUAAUAAAAAGCUCCCCUUUUCCUUGGAUUUUAUUGAUUCAAUAAUGCCAUCUUUCUUCCUUUCUUUCUUGGACUGUGUUUGGGUCCUGCCAUUGGACAACUGAAUGAAACUAGUUGAUCUUUGCAAAUCUGGUCUUUUUUCGAGGAUUCUCAAGAUUGUAAUGUACUGUAAUUUGUAGUACAAGUUGUAAGCUUUUGGAGUGGCAAAGUUGUUGCAAUUAUGAGUGGUAAUGGAAGGAAGAGGCGCCAUUUCAGCAGAAUCCAUGCAUUCUCUUGUGGGAAAGCUUCAUUCAAAGGGGAGCAUUCACUUAUAGGGGGUCCUGGAUUCUCAAGGAUAGUGUACUGCAACGAGGCAGAACGUGGUGAGGGGAGUUUUGUGAGUUAUGGUGACAAUUAUGUGAGUACUACUAAGUAUACAGUGGCUACUUUCCUACCCAAGUCCUUGUUUGAGCAAUUCCGGAGGGUGGCCAAUUUUUACUUCCUUGUCUGUGCAAUUCUGUCUUUUUUCCCGGUUUCUCCUUACUCGGCUGUCAGCAAUGUUAUUCCUCUUGUUGUUGUGGUUGCUGCUACAAUGGGGAAAGAGGCUGUUGAGGAUUGGAGGAGGAAGAAGCAGGAUAUAGAUAUGAAUAAUAGAAAGGUUAAAAUGCACCAUGGAGAUGGUGUUUUUGACUAUUCUAAAUGGAAGGAUUUGAAAGUUGGAGACAUAGUAAAGGUUGAAAAGGAUGAAUUUUUCCCUGCUGAUUUAAUCUUACUUUCAUCAAGCUAUGAUGAUGCAAUUUGCUAUGUUGAGACCAUGAAUCUUGAUGGGGAAACAAAUCUAAAAGUUAAACAAGCACUUGAAGAAACAUCAAAGCUGCAAGAAGACUCAAGCUAUCAAAAUUUCAAGGCUAUCAUCAAAUGCGAAGAUCCAAAUGCAAAUUUGUACUCAUUUGUAGGCAAUUUGGAGCUUGAAGAUCAAUUGCAUCCUCUAGCACCUCAGCAGCUGCUGCUUAGGGACUCAAAGCUAAGGAACACUGAGUUUAUCUAUGGUGCGGUAAUCUUCACAGGCCAUGAUACAAAGGUUAUGCAGAAUUCAACAGAACCUCCUUCCAAGAGAAGCACAGUUGAGAAACGGAUGGAUAAAAUUAUUUACUUUCUCUUCUUUGUCUUAUUUUUAAUAUCUUUUGUUGGUUCAAUUUUCUUCGGGAUAGCAACUAGGGAAGACCUUGAAAAUGGAGUUAUGAAGCGAUGGUACCUCAGACCAGAUAAUACCACAAUUUACUUUGAUCCAAAGAAAGCACCAGUUGCAGCAAUGCUGCAUUUCUUGACUGCACUAAUGUUGUAUAGUUACUUGAUUCCAAUUUCUCUGUACGUUUCCAUUGAAAUUGUGAAAGUUCUUCAAAGCAUUUUCAUCAACCAGGAUUUGCAUAUGUAUUAUGAGGAAACUGACAGGCCAGCUCAUGCUCGUACCUCAAAUUUGAAUGAAGAACUUGGCCAAGUUGACACUAUACUUUCAGAUAAAACAGGAACUUUGACUUGCAACUCUAUGGAAUUCGUCAAGUGUUCUAUUGCUGGGAUUGCCUAUGGCCAAGGAGUUACAGAAGUUGAGAGAGCUCUAGCCAAGCAAAAAGGAUUACCUAUAGGUGAAGAGUUGACAGAAGAUGGCUAUGUUCCAAAGACUUCUGAAGUAAAGUCUUCCGUUAAAGGUUUUAACUUUAUGGAUGAAAGGAUCACAAAAGGAAAUUGGAUCAAUGAACCUCAUGCCGAUGUAAUCCACAGGUUCCUGCAGUUGUUGGCUGUAUGCCAUACUGCAAUACCUGAAGUUGAUGAAGAAAAUGGUAGAGUUUCAUAUGAAGCUGAGUCACCUGAUGAGGCAGCUUUUGUGGUUGCAGCCAGAGAACUUGGGUUUGAGUUUUAUGAAAGGACACAGACAACUAUCUCACUGCGUGAGUUCAAUCCCAAAUCAGGCAAAACAACUGAAAGGUCCUACAAACUUUUGAAUAUACUAGAGUUUAGUAGCACAAGAAAGCGGAUGUCUGUAAUUGUAAGAGAUGAGGAGGGGAAAUUGCUACUAUUUAGCAAAGGAGCAGACAGUGUCAUGUUUGAACGACUUGGAAGGAAUGGAAGGGAGUUUGAAGAGAAGACUAAGCAGCACAUUGAUGAAUAUGCUGAUGCUGGUCUGAGGACCUUGAUACUUGCAUAUCGGGAACUUGGUGAAGAAGAGUACAAUAUAUUCAAUAAAGAAUUUAUGGAGGCCAACAACUUAGUAAGUGCAGAUAGAGAGCAAAUUGUGGAGGAAGUAUCAGAAAUGAUUGAGAAGGAGUUAAUUCUUCUUGGUGCUACUGCGGUUGAAGACAAGCUUCAAAAUGGGGUUCCUGAAUGCAUCGACAAGCUAGCUCAGGCAGGAAUUAAGCUAUGGGUUCUGACUGGUGAUAAAAUGGAGACAGCAAUCAAUGUUGGCUAUGCAUGUAGUUUGCUCAGACAAGGAAUGAAGCAAAUUAUAAUCAGUUCAGAAACUCUAGAAAUCAAAUCAUUGGAGAAAGUGGAGGACAAGUCUGCUGCAGCAGCGGCAAUCAAGGCAAGUGUUAUUCUUCAACUAAAGAAAGGAAAGGAAUUACUUGCUGAAUAUGAUGAAAACUCCGAGGCAUUAGCUCUUAUCAUUGAUGGGAAGUCUCUCACUUAUGCACUAGAAGAUGAUGUGAAGGACCUUUUCCUUGCACUUGCUGUUGGCUGUGCAUCUGUCAUAUGCUGUCGUUCAUCUCCCAAGCAGAAAGCACUCGUUACUAGACUGGUAAAGGUUAAAACUUGUAGCACAACUCUAGCAAUUGGUGAUGGAGCAAAUGAUGUUGGAAUGCUUCAAGAAGCUGACAUUGGGAUUGGCAUAAACGGUGUCGAAGGAAUGCAGGCAGUUAUGUCCAGUGAUAUUUCCAUUGCCCAAUUUCGGUUUCUAGAGCGUUUACUACUUGUGCAUGGACAUUGGUGUUACAGAAGAAUCUCAUCAAUGAUCUGCUACUUCUUUUACAAGAACAUUGCCUUUGGCUUCACCCUCUUCUUCUAUGAGAUCUACGCCUCGUUCUCAGGGCAAGCUGCAUACAAUGAUUGGUACCUCUCACUAUAUAACGUAUUCUUCACUUCCCUUCCGGUAAUUGCCUUAGGAGUAUUUGACCAGGAUGUUUCUGCUAGAUUAUGUCUCAAGUUCCCAUUAUUAUAUCAAGAAGGUGUGCAAAAUGUGCUGUUCAGCUGGAAACGGAUCCUCGGUUGGGUAUUUAAUGGAGUAUUGAGUGCUACCGUAAUAUUCUUCUUCUGCAUCAACGCAAUGGAGAAUCAAGCAUUCCGCAAAGAAGGGGAAGUUGCUGAUCUGGAAGUUCUUGGUGCAACCAUGUACACUUGUGUGGUGUGGGUGGUGAAUUCCCAAAUGGCACUAUCCAUCAGUUACUUCACUUACAUUCAGCAUUUGUUCAUAUGGGGUGGCAUUAUUUUCUGGUACAUAUUCCUGAUAGUGUAUGGAACAAUGGACCCCACUGUAUCAACGACUGCCUAUAAGGUAUUGAUUGAAGCUUGUGCACCAGCACCAUCAUACUGGCUCCUCACUUUGCUUGUGCUUGUUGCUUCACUCCUUCCAUACUUGGCCUAUGCUUCAAUCCAAAUGAGGUUCUUCCCCAUGUUCCAUCAGAUGAUACAGUGGAUUCGAAAUGAUGGGCAAACGACUGACCCAGAAUACGUUCAUGUUGUCAGACAGAGAUCAAUAAAACACACAACAGUUGGCUUCACGGCUCGUUUUGAAGCAUCAAAGAGUAUUCAAGUUUGAACACAGUUAGCAAGCAAAACAGUGUUCUGUUUCUUUGUUGCAUGAAAAUGUUCCUGAACAUGGAUAGGCCUAGUAUACAUAGGUAAUCAACCAAUUACAUACUCGGAUUGUAUAUAUUUAAGGUAGAGUUAAUAAGAAAUGUCAAAUGAUGCUCCUUAAUAAGGGAAAUCUUUAAAGGUAAUAAAUACUGUGGCUGAAAAAAAUAA